UUCAGGUUCAUUCUGCCUCCCACCUGCUUUAGGUCACAAGGUGCUGACCCCAGAGACUUGCCAUGAAACCACACUUGAAGCAAUGGAGACAACGAAUGCUGUUCGGGAUUUUCGCUUGGGGGCUCCUCUUUUUGGUGAUUUUCAUCUACUUCACCGACAGCAACCCUGCUGAGCCUGCGCCCAGUUCCUUCUCCUUCCUGGAGACCAGGAGGCUCCUGCCCGUGCAGGGCAAGCAGCGGGUCAUCAUGGGCGCCAUGCACGAGCCCGCCUGGCCGGGGAGCAUGGACGCAGACCCGGCGCUGCCCGCGGGACGCCCGGCCGGCCCCUUUCACGUGGGACCUGGUGACCCGCAGAAAUGGUCCCAGGCGCAAGAUGGCUUGGAAAGUGAAGACUUUUUUUCCUCCCAGGUGGAGAAAAAAUCUCAAAAUGCUUUCUACGCGGAGGACGACGCCUACUUUUUCGCUGCUGGUCAGCCAGGGUGGCCCAGCCACACUCAGAGGACACUGGGAUUCUCUUCCCCCGGGGAGCCAGGCCAGAAGCAGCGGGCUCUGCAGGCUGGACAGGCCCAGAGAGGGCGGGUGAAGGACAGGCACCGGAGACAGAGAAGGAGCCACGUGUUGGAGGACGACGACGAGAGCAGGCCCUUCAUGUCCAGGGCCUUGCUGUACCAGCUCUGGAAGGGAAACGUCUCCUCCAGGAUGCUGAGCCCGCGCCUGCAGAAGGCGAUGAAGGCCUACCUGGCGGCCAACAAGCACGGGGUGCGCUUCCACGGGCGGCGGGCGGCGGCUCCCAGCAGGGCCGAGCUGCUGUGCCGGCUGCGGAGCCACGCGCGCCUGCGCACCCUGGACGGCACCGAGGCGCCCUUCUCCGCGCUCGGCUGGCGGCGGCUGGUGCCCGCCGUGCCCCUGAGCCGCCUGCACCCCCGCGGCCUGCGCAGCUGCGCCGUGGUCAUGUCUGCAGGCGCAAUCCUCAACUCCUCCUUGGGCGAGGAAAUAGAUUCUCAUGAUGCAGUUUUGAGAUUUAACUCUGCUCCUACGCGUGGUUAUGAGAAAGAUGUUGGAAAUAAAACCACCAUGCGCAUCAUUAAUUCCCAGAUUCUGACCAAUCCCAACCAUCACUUCAUUGACAGUUCAUUAUAUAAAGAUGUCAUUUUGGUGGCCUGGGACCCUGCUCCCUACUCCUCAAAUCUUAACCUGUGGUACAAGAAGCCAGAUUACAACCUGUUCACUCCAUAUAUUCAGCAUCGUCAGAAAAACCCAAAUCAGCCAUUUUAUAUCCUUCAUCCCAAAUUUAUAUGGCAGCUUUGGGACGUUAUCCAGGAGAACACUAAGGAGAAGAUUCAGCCAAACCCACCAUCUUCUGGUUUCAUUGGAAUCCUCAUCAUGAUGUCCAUGUGCAGAGAGGUGCAUGUGUAUGAAUACAUCCCGUCCAUCCGGCAGACAGAGCUUUGCCACUACCAUGAGCUGUACUACGAUGCGGCCUGCACCCUCGGGGCCUAUCACCCUCUGCUCUACGAAAAGCUCCUGGUGCAGCGCCUGAACACGGGCUCCCAGGGGGAUCUGCAUCGCAAGGGCAAGGUGGUCCUGCCGGGCUUUCGGGCUGUGCGCUGCCCUGCGCCCAACCCAACUGGUCCACACUCUUAAAAAGGGCCUGUUGGGAAUCAAUGUGCAAUAACGUACUACUGUUGUACUUCAGAGU